AUGCUCUGGAGUGGCACUGUGACGCAAGUGGGUUCCGAGUGCCCGGCAGCCCCCUUGGCACCCGGCAUAAAACGCGCGGCGUGCCCCGGGGCGACAGUCUAUCGCCGUGUUGCGCCCGCGGCUGAUACCCGACAAUACCCGUUACCCGUACCCGUGCCCGAAUACCCGGCUUCAGUGGCCCGAAUACCCCAGGCUCAGUGCCCGAAUACCCGGCUCAGUGCCCCGAAUACCCGCUCAGUGCCCGAAUACCCCGCUCAGGCCCGAAUACCCGGCUCAGUGCCCGAAUACCCGGCUCAUGCCCGAAUACCCGGCUCAGUGCCCCGAAUACCCGGCUCAGUGCCGAAUACCCGGCUCAGUGCGAAACCCGCCCCGAAUACCCGCUUCAGUGCCCGAAUACCCCGGCUCAGUGCACCGGCGGCAGUCCCCGCAACCCGCAGUGUUUGA